AUGGACUUUUGUAGAACAAGUGCGGGUAUCCGCCGAAACCCGAAACUAAAGUCCGAACCGAAUAUGUACCCGACGACGUUGACACACGUGUCGGCACCGGCUACCGCCUGUUGCCGGUGGUCCUCCUCCACCCAUGAGCUAACUGUAGCUUCUUAUCCAAUCCCAUUUCCUAACUGUAUUUUGCUCCGGGACUCGAAAGUCGAAUCCUAUUCUCCAAAGAUCAAGACAAUGCUCGAGGACCGUCCUUGUUUAGUCUCCCGUGACUACUCCACGACCCGGGAACCUGACUGGGCCCACAUCACCUACCCGAACAAACGCCCCCCGGACGACGAACCCAACCAAGAAGAUGCCCCAGCCCGUAAGUCCCCCAAACCCGAUCGACUCGACUCGUCUUCCCUAAUCCCGGCCAUCGGUCGAGACAACUCAAUCAACUGCCUCCUCCGUUGCUCCCGUGCCGAUUAUUGCUCCCUAUCGAGCCUCAACACAUCCUUCCGCAAUCUAAUCCGCUCGGGCGAGCUCUACCGUCUCCGCCGCCUCCACGGCGUAAUCGAGCAUUGGAUCUACUUUUCAUGCCAGCUCCUCGAGUGGGAAGCCUUCGACCCAACCCGCCGGCGAUGGCUCCGGCUCCCUCGAAUGGACCCGAACGACUGCUUCCCGUACGCCGAUAAAGAAUCCCUAGCCGUCGGGACCAACUUGCUUGUUUUUGGUCGGGACUUAACUUCCCACGCGGUCUAUCGUUAUAGCCUCUUGACGAACGAGUGGUCCCCCGGCACGUCGAUGCUCCAACCUCGUUGCUUGUUCGGUUCCGCUAGCUUGGGCUCGUCGGCCAUCGUCGCCGGAGGUUGCGACUCUUUGGGGAACGUUCUCCGGUCGGCCGAGAUUUACGACUCGGAGACGGGCUUUUGGCGGAGGCUACCUGACAUGAACCGGGCCCGGAAGAUGUGCUCGGGCGUGUUCAUGGACGGGAAGUUCUACGUCGUGGGAGGUGUUGGGAUGGGCUCGGAGAUUUUGACGUGCGCGGAGGAGUUCGAUCUGGUGACUGGGGUUUGGAGGGAGUUGCCGGAGAUGUCGCCGGUGCGGGCCCACGACGAGAUGCUUCCGGUGCCCGUCACGUCGGAGGCGCCGCCGCUCGUGGCGGUGGUCGGUGACGAGCUUUACGCGGCGGAUUACGCGGCGAUGGAGGUGAGGAGGUAUGAUAAACGGAGGGGGGUUUGGGGGACGGUUGGGGGAUUGCCUAGGGGAGCGGACUCGAUGUUCGGGUGGGGAUUAGCGUUUAGGGCUUGUGGGGAGAAGUUGAUUGUGGUUGGUGGGCCGAGGAAUGGGUCGGGAGAUGGGUUUAUCGAGGUGAAUGCGUGGGUUCCUGGUGAGGGUCCCGCGCAAUGGGAAGUGCUCGGGAGAAGGAGAUCGGGAAGUUUUGUGUAUAAUUGCGCGGUUAUGGGCUGCUGA